CUGCAAUUCCAAAUAUAGAGAGUACGUUAUUUUCUCGCACUUAGCAGAUUUCACGCGCCGAGCCGAAUUACAAAUGGAGCAAGUGAAAAAAACGGUGGAUGAACCACCGUUGGCGGCGGUCGCACAGCCAAUCAAUGCCGUGGAGGAGAAAGUUAUGGCUCUUGCGAUAGCUGAGAAGAGUCCAAAUUCUGCAGAGAAGAAACCCACGGGGGGAUCGAUUGACAGAGAUAUUGCUCUUGCGGAGGUUGAAAAGGAGAAGAAGGCGUCCUUUAUCAAGGCAUGGGAAGAAAGUGAAAAGACUAAAUACGAAAAUAAGGCUCAGAAAAAGAUCUCUGCUGUUGCUGCAUGGGAAAAUUGCCAGAAAGCUGCUCUGGAAGCCAAACUCAAAAAGAAAGAGGAAGAAUUAGAGAAUAAAAAGGCGCAAUACGCAGAACAAAUUAAUAAUAAAAUAGCUUUGAUUCACAAAGAAGCAGAAGAAAAGAAGGCAAUGGUUGAAGCCAAACGCAGAGAAGAAUUGCUCAAGGCAGAGGAGAUGGCGGCCAAGUAUCGCGCUACUGGACAGGUUCCAAAGAAGGCCUUUGGCUGCUUUUAGUUUUGUACCCGUUGUUGGAGUUGUAAUUGUAUUUAGUGUUUUUGUUUGUAUGUUUUGUAUUUCUUGUUUCAUCCUCAAGUGGUGUUGUGGCUGUCCUUUACUGCAAGAACAGAAAAUAUUUAUUAUACUCUGUUUGUAUAGCAAUUAAAUCUAUGUUUUGUUGGGUU